AUGUUCGAAGACUUCUCCUUCACCUCGCCGUCCUCGCGACCCUCCCGUCUAGCCCUCGAUGCCGACGACCGCCUAAUGGUCGACAGCGACAGCAAUCUAAUCUCUCCCCUCUCCUCGCGCUGUCCAUCACCACAAUCGCAACGAUUCCGCAACAUCUCCCGCACCCGCUCCCACUUCCACCGAAACCAACAACCCCCAACAUCCGUCCCCUUCCCCUAUGACUCAGACCACAAACGUCUCUCCAUCUCAACCCUAACCCAAAAACUACACGAACACACCCUCGCACCAACAGACAAACUCCAAUCCCAGCAGACCCAACCCAGACCCAGAGACGGGAGACACACACCCGGCUCACGCCGGUACCCAGGCGUCCGAACAGUCCUCACACCCCCAGACACAGACCACUCAGACGACAGUAUCGGCGACUGCUACUCCUCCCCCUCCGGCUCAUCAACAACAAGCCCAACCUUCAAUCCCCCGGACAUGCUUUCAGAACUACCAGAUUUCGGCCUCGGACACCCCUUCUACCCGCAACCGCAUCCGUACCACCAAGACGUGCGCAUGCAGCGCCAGCAGAUCUCCAGGUUGCAAUGCAACGAGUUGGAGGUGGAGGCUAUGCAGCGCUCGUUGCUGGAUGAACCGUCUCCUGUUUCUGGGGACUUCUGCGACGAAGACGAUUGUCAUCCUAGUUCGUUGCCGCCUCGGUCGUCGCCGCGGAGGAGGGCGGUUACGCUUGCGAGGAGUCGGUUUGGGCCUGAGGGGGGUGUGGAGGGGAGACGGAGGAAGAGUUCUUCUGGGGCUGUUCUGGCGAGUCGGGUUGAGAAGAGUCAUUAUGGGGCGUUUGCGGGGAAGAGGAAUGAGCAGGGGCUUAGGAGGAAGAGUCUUGUUAGUGCGGCUUUGGCGUCGAUGGUUGAGAGGGAUGAUGAUUGA